UCCUGUCCGCAGUCUGCCUCAGCACCUUGCCUGCCCACAAUGCCCUUGGAUACUGGCGUGCCUCCUUCAGACAAUCUGCUGUAGAGACUCAAUUCUUAAUCGCGCACGAAUUGCGGGGGUUUUACCCUUAACAUUGGGAGGAACAAGGGGCUAGAGUCGUUGCCCCUCUGAACAUUUUUUAAUGAUUUUAUCUAUGCGAUUUUAUGUGACGGAGUACGUUGGCGGAUAACUGACAGAGCAGCAACUGCAACUGCUUCACUGGUUACCUGCUCUAACCGCGGUAGCGCGAUAGACCAAAUAUUACAGCGGUAUUUACUGAUUGUGCGGACUUUUCUCCAAACAUUUUUGCAUGGAUGUAUAAUGGCUACGUUUGUAUGCAGGGUACAGUUCCUAGAUGAUACUGAUCCAUUUAACAGCACAAAUUUUCCCGAGCCGACCAGACCUCCUCAUUACACAUUCAGGGAAGAUAUUCCUUUUAUUAAUCAAAUUGCUGGAAUCCAUCGGCUUCUCAAAGCCCCACAAAAGCUUGAUGACUGCGCUCUGCAGCUCUCCCACAAUGGAAGCUACCUGGACCUGGAGUCCACUCUGGCGGAGCAGAAGGACGAGCUGGAGGGCUUCCAGGAAGAUGGAGGAAGAGGGAAGAAGCACAGUAUCAUCCUCCGGACUCAGCUGUCUGUGAGAGUUCACGCCUGCAUUGAGAAGCUGUAUAACUCCAGUGGCCGGGAGCUCAGAAGAGCCCUCUUCUCUCUCAAGCAGAUCUUCCAGGAUGAUAAGGACCUGGUGCAUGAGUUUGUGGUGGCGGAGGGGCUCACGUGUCUCAUCCGCGUGGGAGCGGAGGCCGACCAGAACUACCAGAACUAUAUUCUCAGAGCUCUGGGGCAGAUCAUGCUGUAUGUGGAUGGGAUGAAUGGCUUGAUCAGCCAUAAUGAAACAGUGCAGUGGCUCUACACCCUCAUCGGAUCUAAGUUCCGUCUGGUGGUGAAGACGGCCCUGAAGCUGCUGCUAGUGUUUGUGGAGUACACCGAGGCCAACGCCACGCUGCUCAUCCAGGCCGUCUGCGCCGUGGACACCAGGAAAGGGUGUAAGCCAUGGUCAAAUGCCAUGGAGAUUCUUGAUGAAAAAGAUGGAGUAGACACAGAGUUGUUGGUGUAUGCCAUGACUCUGAUAAAUAAGACGCUGGCUGGACUCCCUGACCAGGACUCCUACUAUGACGUGGUGGACUGUCUGGAGGAGCAGGGCAUUGAGGCCAUGGCACACAGACACCUGAACAGGAAGGGCACAGACCUCGACCUGGUGGAGCAGUUCAACAUCUAUGAGUUGAACCUGCGGCACGAGGACGGGGACGAUGAGAGCCAGCCUCCGCUCUCCGGACGUAAGGACCGGCGACGCGCCAGCGUGGGGGGGCCCCCGGAGAGGCGGGGCCUGGAGAGGAGGCGCAGCAGGAGACACUCCCUGCAGAACGGCAAAGGCCCCGCCUCCGCCCCGGCGUCGCCCAGCAACCACGGCCACGGCCCCAACUUCCCCUCGUUCAACGGGGCCAGGAUCGAGGACAUCAACGAGAGAGAGGAUGAGGAGGAUUAUGAUGAGGAGGAGGAGGAGGAGGAAGAUGUGGAACCUCAGGUCACAGAGCCCUCUAGACAGGGAACUGCCAGUGGGGCAUUGCCAGUACCAUCAGCAGUAGCUGCCACAGAGGAGGCAUCUAGCUUGUGUUUGCCUUUUAAGUGCAUGGUCAACCUCCUCCCUAGCGUUCCGGAGACUGUGGGGGAACCACCACGCAGGUCGGUGACCAGGGUCACCUGCGCUGCCCCGAUUCGCUCCCCCCCUGCCCCAGCCACUGGCUCGCCCCUCCCCUCUCCUGGGUCCUCUCUGAGGAGAGCCACUGUCCAUGGCGGCGGCUCCCCCAGGGCCUCCUCCAGAGAGUCUGACUCCCAACUCCCCCCUGUGGCUCUCCCCCGCUCCCCCCACUCGCAGCAGGACCUGGGGGCCGCGAGGGCCGAGGCCGGGAGCCCAGGGGGCCCGUCUGGAGAGCAGCUGUGCAGUCAGUCAGAUGUUGCACAGUCAAAGACCCCAUGUGCUUUCUGUAUGUCUAGGGCCAGUUUUGGCCCCGCCAGACACCACGGUCAUGGCACCUAUCCUGGCCGGUCCCACUGUGUGGCCAGCGCUCCGUCCACCCCACAAAGCCGCUUCGCACCUUCAGCUCCUCCUUCUCCUUCUACAGAGGUCAAGACAGACAGAACCACACUUGGGGGCUUGCUGACGUCCUCGUACCGGCAGCAUCAGGAGUCUCUGGCUGCGGAGCGGGAACGACGACGCAUGGAGAGAGAAGAGCGAUUGCAGAGAAUUGAGCGAGAAGAGAGAAGCCGCUUCAAUCGAGAUCACAUCGACAAACGGGAGGAGGUCAGACAAGCUCGGGAGGACAGGUAUAAACAGGUGGAGAGGGUGGCAGCAGAGGAGUAUGAGCGGGAGCGUGUGAGAGCGCCACCUAGAGGUCGCACAGAGAUCACGCUGAGCCUGAGCUCCCGCAGCACCGCCUCAUCUCACAGUCCCACUCCGGAGUCUGUCACACGCACACACACUACGCACGUAAAUGAGCUCCGGUCUAAGCCAAGCCGUGGCCCACAGGCUCCUGCCCGUUCAGGAGUGGAGCCGCUCCCGCCGCCGCCGGCGUCUGCCUCCCCCUCAGCAGCACCUCCCCCAGGCGCUCCCUCGCCUCACUCCCCCUCCGGCGCAGACCAGCGGCACUCAACCAAGGAGCUCGCCGCCUCCGAGCCACACACACAGCAGAUUGAGGAGCAGCAGCAGCAGGAGGAGCAGGAGGAGGAGGAGGAGAGGACGCAGGAACAUGCAGCAGAGCUGAAGCCAGGAGCCGAGCUGCAGCCACAGGUGGUGGAGGAGGACGAGAAGACAGGUGUGGAGGUGGAGGUGGAGGAGGAGGAGGCUGAGGGAGAGAUGGAGGCGGAGGACGAGUCGGAGAAGGAGCAGAUCCUGGAGAGAGAGGCGGAGGAGAGCAGCCUCCUGAGUGAGAAGGAGAGGCAGAACGAGGAGGUGAACGAGAAGGACAACUGCUCAGCCUCCAGCAUCUCCUCAGCAAGCAGCACACUGGAGAGGGAGGAGAAGGAGGAGAAACUCAGCAGUGACAAUAACUCAGGCCAGUGGUCCGAAGAUGUGGAUGCCAAUGAUCAGUGUAGAAAGGUGCUCAAUGGCUCCCGUUUCAAGCUGGAUAAACUGUACGGCGGCCAGAACCAGAGGCCACUAGAUGAGGAGGAGAAGGAGAAGGAGAGCGAGAGGGACGAGAAGCAGAGCGUGGGUCAGGACCUGGCCAUCCGCAUCUCCACGCUGGAGGCACGGCAGCAGGCCGGCGAGGAGAACCUCAAGAAGAUGGACAAGGGUCACCUGGACAACCAGGGCAACGUGCGGGCGGUGGCCGAGAAGUUCGGAGAUCUGGUCAAGGGCCUGGUGUCGCCGGCGGAGGUGGAGGCCCUCGAGAAGCAAGCGCAGGAGAAGCAGCUGUCGGACAAGAGCCCGUCCCCGUCCUCGCCGAUCGCUCCGCCCCCGCUUCCAAAGAAGGAGUCGGACCAGAUCUGGGACCAGCUGAUGGCCUGCCCCCGCGAGCUGCGCAUCAAGGAGAUGAACUUCACUGACCUGACGGAGGCCGACGACGUGGACAUCCUGGACACGGUCAGCGCGUUCGGCUCCUCAGACCUCACGCCUCCGCCGCUGCCUCCGCCCCACUGUUUGUCUGCGCUGCCUCCCCCGCCGCCCCUCAUGGGCUGCCCCCCUCCCCCACCCAUGCCCGGCAUGCGGAUGCCACCCCCUCCGCCCUUCAUCGAGCCAUACCCACCGCCGGGCUCGCCGAUGCCCAACAGGGGAGAAGCGCCACACUUCCAGAAGAAGAGGAAGACCAUCCGGCUUUUCUGGAACGAGAUCCGGCCGGCAGACAGGCAGUACCCCGGCCUGAAGAACAACAGGGAAUCCCUGUGGUCCAAGCUGGAGCCCGUCAAAGUGGACACGUCCAAGUUGGAGAACCUGUUUGAGACCAAGUCCAAGGAGCUACCCGUCACAAAGAAAACAGCUGCAGAUGGCAAACGUCAAGAGAUUAUUGUCCUGGACUCCAAAAGAAGUAAUGCCAUCAACAUCGGCCUGACAGUCUUACCGCCUCCCCGCACUAUUAAGACAGCCAUCCUCAACUUUGAUGAGUAUGCGCUGAACAAGGAGGGCAUCGAGAAAAUUCUCACCAUGAUCCCCACAGAGGAGGAGAAGCAGAAGAUCCAGGAGGCCCAGCUGCUGACCCCGGAGGUCCCGCUGGGCAGCGCCGAGCAGUUCCUGCUCACGCUCUCCUCCAUCACCGAGCUGUCCGCCCGCCUGCAGCUCUGGGCCUUCAAGAUGGACUACGACACCAUCGAGAAGGAAGUGGCUGAGCCCAUGCAGGACCUGAAAGAAGGCAUGGAGCAGCUGGAGAAGAACAAGACACUGCGCUACAUCCUGUCCACGCUACUCGCCAUCGGCAACUUCCUCAACGGCUCAAACGCGAAGGGUUUUGAACUGAGCUAUCUGGAGAAAGUUCCAGAAGUGAAGGACACGGUGCACAAACAGUCUCUCCUUCACCACGCAUGCUCCAUCGUGGUGGAGAGGUUUCCAGACAGUUCGGACCUCUACUCUGAGAUCGGGGCCAUCACACGCUCUGCCAAGGUGGACUUUGACCAGCUCCAGGAGAACCUCAGCCAGAUGGAGCGGAGGUGCAAAGCAUCGUGGGACCACCUCAAGGUCAUCUCCAAGCACGAGAUGAAGCCGUCGCUCAAGCAGAGGAUGUCCGACUUUCUGAAGGACUGUGCCGAGCGGAUCAUCAUCCUGAAGAUCGUCCACCGCAGGAUCAUCAACAGGUUCCAUGCCUUCCUGCUGUUCCUGGGCCACCCGGCGUACACGGUGCGUGACGUGAGCGUGCACCGCUUCAGUAAGAUCCUGAGCGAGUUUGCGUUGGAGUACCGCACCACGCGCGAGCGCGUCCUUCAGCAGAAACAGAAGCGGGCCAACCACAGAGAGAGGAACAAGACCCGGGGCAAAAUGAUCACAGAUCAUCUCCAGCCCUCCUCCUUGAUGGGGAGCUUCAGUGGGGCUCCUCCAGGAAAGAGUGAUGAUGAAGAGGAUGGAGAGGGAGGGAAGUUUGGCGGCUCAGGCCCCGAGGCUCCGGAGGUGCAGGGUCUGGGAUACGCUGAGAGCGCUGCCGAGCAUGAGAGCAUGAAGGCCGUUUUGAAGAGCAGUCUGCAGGGCAGCGACAGCAGCACCUCAGUGGUUCCUGGUCUCCGCACAAGGACCAGAGCCAACAGAGGAUCACUUGUUGGCCGGAACAACUUAUGGUCAUCGGCGAAUGACGACCCAACGAUUUGCACAGACGACACGGCAGACGAGAUCAUGGAGCGCAUUGUGAAGUCCGCCACUCAGGGGCCGAGUCAGAGGGCACAGCCAAGGGAGAGGAGGAGAUCCAGGGCCAACCGUAAAUCCUUGAGGAGGACGUUGAAGAGCGGCCUGACCCCAGAGGAGGCCCAGGCUCUGGGGCUGUCCAGUGGUUCCGAGAUGCAGGUGUGACAUGGCGAGAUUCAGCAGCUCUGACUCCAGCACACACUCUCCCUCUCUUACACACACACACACAUUUGUCCAGGGAAACAAAGCCUCCUUUCACCCAGCCCUGAUCUCCCGACCUGUCCACACCGUGACGCCGUGGUCCAGGCUUCUCCUAGCCUGAUCGGACUUUUGCCUGUUCCUGGGGGAUCUGGCCAGCGCUUCACACCUGUUGCGCACUCUGUGGUUUAAGGAAGCGGUGCAGUAUUUCACAGUGACACGCAUGUACACACACACACACACACACACACACAGCUCAGCAGCUUGUACGUGAAGCAGAAUGUUCUCCCCUCCUCGUUGCUGGAAGAGCGUGCCGUCAGCCUCCUCCAGCCCUCUCUCACUCAGGGCUCACAACCCCAACACAGCUUCCACACACAGCUCCGACUGGACUCGAGUGAGUGAGUGACCGACUGAGGUGUUUCAAAAACCACUGUGGCCUUUCUGUAACAUGGACACAGGACACUGUCCGGCCCACAGAAGUCCAUCCUUUAUCAGCCACACCAGUGGAUAGCACAUCGGUGGAGUUACUGUAGUUUAUAGUACACUCUCCUGCAGUAGAUUUUUUUGGGGAAUAUGAACACAGCUUCGUAACUGUUGAGUAGGGUUGUAGAUUUGCUCUCCUGAGGCUGUAUAUUUCGGAAGCAGUGUAUCUGCUCUGCUGCAGUAGACCUUGUGAAAAUGGUUCACGUCCCAUGCUUAAGUGGCGCUCUAAGGCAGUGAACUGCACUCAGGAAGGAGAGGACUGAUUUUAAUUGUGUGAAUUCUUUCAAAACGAAAUACGUUAAGACAUAUGCACAGACACGGCACAAAAAUCACUGUUCAAAUGAAGGAUGAGUUAAUUUCUCCUGACUGAGCAACACAUUGUGAUUCUAUAGCUGGAUGUCUAUAUGACCCUGUGUUACAAUUCACAUUGUCUUGUCUAGCCGACACAGUUAAUGUUCAUGACAAUUUCUUGACAACCCUGUGAUUGUAUGUGCCCCCAAUUAUUCCUUGCAGAAAUCAAACCACUGCUGAACAAUGUUUUUUUUCUUUCUUUUUUUAUUAGUUCAAUAUCAACAAAUACUGAGUUUCACGUGAUUUGAGUGCCUUUUAAGAUAUGGUCUGCUCAUUCAGUGACAGACAGGGACAUUCAGCACUAAGCCGUCACUCACUGAGAGGAAACUUUCAGCCUCUUGUGUCCCUUCCCCACUCCUUCUGGUACACAGCCCCUGUCCUCCAUUCACACUGGCUGCAUUUUCACCGUUUGCAUGCACUUACGCUUGGAAUGACACACAUGAACAGUACCUUGAACCUUCCUUUCCAACCACAAUCCUUCAACAGCGUGCUGUUGAAGCUAUAGACUCAAAAUGGACUGUCCACACCAUAUGACUACCACGAUGACUGGUUUUGAUCUUUUCCUAGGUUAUGAAAUGUGGUAGCAUCCAGCACCUUAUUAUUUGUAGAGAUUUUGGAGGAACAUUUGAGUAUUAUUAUUGAAGCUUUUUCUCAACAAAUGUUUCUCUGAGUAUUGUACUAUGAAAGUAAAAACUAGAAAUUACUUGUAAAGUAAAACCAGAAUAAAAUGUAGAAGCAACGUGGGGAAAAAAGAUACUGUAAAAUUAUGUAAAUGUCAGUGUUUUAUUUUUGUGUUCCUGUUAAAUUUGUAUUUUGUAUAGUAUAGUGUACCAUAGGUGAGGCACAGUGUUAUUCUGUAAUUUAAGAGAAAACAAGCCAUGCAUGGUGAAUAAAAAAAAACAGCAGCAGACAUGUCAUUCUAGCUGGAGUUAAAGGGAGGUUUCUUUGACUUUUUUUUAACACUCAGUGGAUUUUUGUGUUUUUGUUGUGGUGUUUUAUUUUUUCUGCACAAACUUGAAACUUGCUUGGACGAUGAAAUCAGUCCAGCCACCCCUGCACUCCUGUCUAAUAUAACGCUCCAAUGCCUUCCACUUCAUUGCACUCAUGCAGUCUUGCAGUCUUGUCCCACUCCACAUGCCAGCAGUUUUCAUCUGUUGCUAAAAGUGCCAUACGAGUGGGUUUUGAAAGUGUUCAUUAAACUAUUGCUAUGUCUAUGCCCACAACAAAAAAUAUGCAUACAAAUCUUGCAAUAAAGAGCUUUUAUGAAGCA